AUGCCCUACUUUGCUUCCUCACGAGGACUAGUAACCAUAAACGACUCAUUACAUCUUGACAAUGAUGUUGCCAUUGGAGUUGCAAGGAGUUUGGCGACUCCUAAGGAUGUGCUCGUGCUGGGAAGAAGUGAUGAUAACCAGGUGGUGAGUGAUGCCAUGAUACUGAGCGUGCAAAGUGUGGCGUCAGUCGCAAGUAGUAUUAUAAGGAGAUUGAAAAGGGAUAGGGCAAAGACUUUGGAGGAGACAAGACACCAGCUUGAAAUAUUGCAAGAAGAUAAUCAAAAGUUAUCAAAGAUAAUAUAUUUUUACUCUAAGAACAUGCAAGAGCUGCUGGAGGCCUUGGAUCGACCGAGUAAACGUGCACGAGGAGAUUCAAGUUUUGCUAAACCUAAGAAAGUGAUAUUCGGAAGCUCAAGUGAUAAGCCUCAAGAAGCGAUGCGAGAAAACCCAAGAGAGAGAUCCAGAGGGCCAAACUAA